AUGUGUCAGACUAGUAGUCAACAGACCAGCCUUAUUCGAGCUCUGGGGAUUGCCCUCACGAAGCGAGUGCAGCCUCUGACGAGGCGUCAGUGGAGCGGGUACGCCACAGGAACGGUCGAGCUCGAAUGGGAUCCUGUCUCGAUUGCAAGAGCGAGACGAGUCGCUAUCGCGCGAUCGCUGCAGAGAUCCUCUGUCCGAUCGCUCACAAGGCCGAUCGGAGCGAUGGAAAGACCUCUCUGCGGGGCCUCCUGCUCUGCGACCAUGUCAAGGCUGGCACGGGAUGACAAGGCGCUCAACGCGAAACAUGCAGAGAUCUUGCGUGCCCUCGUCAAACGGCCCGACAACAAGAUCUGCUCAGACUGCAAGCGCAACGACGCAAGGUGGGCAUCCACCAAUCUCGGCGUUUUCUUCUGCAUACGUUGCUCGGGCAUCCAUCGCGGCAUGGGCGUCCACAUCUCGCGAGUCAAGUCGGUAGAUCUAGACACAUGGACUCCAGAACAGAUACAGAACGUUCAAAGAUGGGGCAAUAAGCGCGCCAACAGGUACUGGGAGGCCCACCUCAGAGCGGGUCAUCAGCCGCCUGAACAUAAGAUGGAGUCGUUUAUUCGAUCAAAAUACGAAUCUAAGCGAUGGGCAAUGGAAGGGCCUGUGCCUGAGCCAGAGACCCUGGAUGAUGGUAGCAGUCCUGCCCAAGCAGCCCCACAGAGCCUGCCAUCGACACGGACAGCCGGCUCCUCGCAGCCUGCGCGAACAACUGCGCCAGCCGCCCGAGCCAACAUAACGCCCUUUUUCGAUCUCAUGGACGAAGCACCCGCCCCGCCCGUGCAGCCAAGUCAGCCUGCGCCUGUUCGAGCGACCGCGUUGUCAAGUGCAACGGCACCUCAGACAACCCCCGCUGCCACCGCGCCUGCUCCUCAGCCUGCCCAGCCUGUCCGGAAGGAUAAAGCUGACAUCUUGUCGCUCUUCGGUAGCGCGCCGAGCAAGCCCGCAUCAGCACAGAAUGCCCAUGCUGAUGCCUUCCAGAAUAUGUCAAUCUCUAGCAAGGCAGUAGCACCUCCUUCGAGCGGACUGGACGAUCUUUGGGGACCUUCAGUCUCUGCUACAUUCAAUCACCCAACUCAUACUGCGUCAUCCCAUUCGAGCGGAUUCGGUGACUUUAGCUCCACCGGGUUCGGUGCCCCUGCGCCCAAACCCGCUGCCGCGCCGCCGAAGGAUCUCUUUGGAGCUUCAGAUGUAUGGGGCUCAACGCAGGAAGCAACACCUACGAGCCCGCCUGCUGCCCGAGCAUCGCUUGAACAGCGCGCCCCGGCUAAUGACGUCUGGGCCAACUCGACGCCGACAAAGACGAGUCAGCAGACGCCGGCGUCGCUAUUUGACAAUGCAUGGGCAUGA